AUGUCCGGCAAGACGGAUGCAGCCGCAGAGCAGAUUCUCAGCGAUCUGGAGGGGGUGGUCUACCUGGGUUGUGCCAGCGCCACGAAGGCGGUCACCUUCGUCAACUCGAUCCGUCUUCCGCCCGACGCUCCGCCUCGCGUCCUCGUCCAGGGAGACACCCUCGGCUUUGGCGGGAACACCCUCUCGGCUCCCGGGGACGGGACUAUCUCCUACUCGGUCGACCUCUCCUCGGGUGGCCGAAUGAAGAAGGCGAAGGAGGAAGAGGCGAGAGGCGCCGCAGCGGCGGCGCCUGCACCUCUCAACGGUGCGCUUCAGGCUCAGAGGGCGCAGGCACAAGAUCACGUGCGCCAGCUGCAGGGGCUGGGCGGGCGCGAUCGCGUUUGGGCGCAGCGGCUCAUCGAGUGCACGGCGCAGAGCUACGGGCUCGUGCAAGAGGCCGUGGCGAGCGGCGGCAGGGCGACAUAG